AUGUCGAUCACGCUCACAUUAACCGGUAACAGCAGCGUUCUCGCGGUGAGUUACUAUCCACCUAUCAAUCUGAGCGACGGAGUUCACAAACUCCGUCUUACAAACUUCGAAUCUUACAACACGAUACCGAACGUUGACUCGACGAACAACAAACGUCGGGAACCAAAGGCGAGCGUUAACAAGAAAAACGAUGACAACGAUGACGACGACAACAACGAUGACGGCUACGAUAUGUUUGAUGACGACGACGGCAACGACGAUNAUAACGAUGUGGGGCCCCAGGAGGGACCACAGGUAGAGGAACCAAGGACAUCCGAGCAAGAAGGGAGACCUCAAGCAGUGGGACCGCAGGAGGAGCCAACGGUGGAGGCGAGAUUGGCAGAAAUCCUGGGGAAAGCCGCGGAGGACGGCGUAGAGAGUGAAAAGACAGUAGCGCAAGUGCAAGCGUAG